AUGCUCUCUUUUCACAUCUUAGAAAGUGUAAGAGCAAAACAAGUCAACAGCCACAUUCCCCCACCAUCUACUCUUUUACUUAUGUUCCAUUCAAGACCCAGCCUCUUCGAAAAGAGUUGUCUACCCGUGUCGUCUCCACUUCCUUGCCUCUUAUGUUCUCCAGAAUGUGUAAAGUACGUGUACUGUUCAGGGAGGAGUAAUAGAACACAUAUGUGCUGCUCCCCACUUUGCUUUAAGAGUGAAACAUACCUCGUGUUUGACACCUGCUGUGGCUCCUAUUUGAUUAUCUUCGCUUCUCUCCCUCAGAAGUAA